UACGUCCCCCUUACCACGUACAGAACCCCUUUAAACGCUUCACCCGACAUAAGCCUUUGGCUUGAGUCCUCUAAUCAGCUCUCGCAGGCCAAUAUGUCUUCUCUUCCGCCGGUCUAUAUUGUUUCCUCUGCCCGUACCCCAGUGGGCUCAUUCUUGGGCUCGCUUUCAAGUCUCACUGCCCCGCAGCUUGGGUCCCAUGCCAUCAAAGCUGCGCUCAGCAAGGCGGAUGGAAUCAAGCCGUCUGAUGUCCAGGAGGUCUUCUUUGGCAAUGUCAUCUCCGCAAAUGUUGGACAAAAUCCUGCUAGACAGUGUGCUCUCGGCGCUGGUCUCGAUGAGUCAACUGUGUGUACCACGGUUAACAAGGUGUGCGCGUCUGGCUUGAAGGCGGUUAUUCUCGGUGCGCAGACUAUCAUGACUGGCAAUGCGGAUAUUGUCGUAGCAGGCGGUGCUGAAUCCAUGUCUAACGCCCCUCAUUACCUUCCAAACCUUCGCACCGGUGCGAAAUACGGCAACCAGAGUCUGGUGGAUGGCAUCAUGAAGGAUGGUUUGACAGAUGCAGGAAAGCAGGAACUCAUGGGCUUGCAAGCUGAGGAGUGUGCCCAGGAUCAUGGCUUUAGCAGAGCACAACAGGAUGACUAUGCCAUUCGCACUUACGAGAAAGCACAGGCAGCUCAAAAGGCUGGCUUUUUUGAUGAAGAAAUUGCGCCUAUUGAACUUCCUGGUUUUAGGGGCAAGCCAGGUGUGACUGUGGCACACGAUGAAGAACCAAAGAAUCUCAACCCAGAUAAGCUUCGAGCUAUCAAGCCUGCAUUUAUCCCAGGAUCCGGCACGGUGACAGCCCCGAAUUCCUCACCUCUUAACGACGGCGCUGCAGCUGUUGUCCUCGUCUCAGAAGCUAAACUGAAAGAGCUUAACCUGAAGCCUGUUGCGAAGAUUCUUGGCUGGGGAGAUGCUGCCCAGCAGCCGAGCAAAUUCACGACUGCCCCAGCACUGGCGAUUCCCAAGGCCCUCACCCAUGCAGGUGUGGCGCAGAAUGCUGUUGAUGCGUUCGAGAUUAACGAAGCGUUUAGCGUAGUUGCUCUGGCCAAUAUGAAACUCCUGGGGUUGGCUGAAGACAAAGUCAACAUCCAUGGUGGUGCAGUGGCUAUCGGCCAUCCUAUCGGUGCUAGUGGUGCUCGUAUCUUGACUACAUUGCUCGGUGUAUUGAAAGCGAAAAAGGGUAAGAUUGGUUGUGCUGGGAUUUGCAAUGGAGGAGGUGGUGCUAGCGCCAUUGUUGUCGAAUCUCUCGUCUGA